AUUACGCUUUACUUACUUUUAGAAUACGUAUAUAAAAAUAAAAUUAACCUAUUUAUUAAAUUUUUUAUUAAUUAUACUAUAAGAUCCGAGUUUUUUAUUAUUUUUUAUAAAGCUUUUAAUAAAAAUAUUUUAAAUAAAAAUAUUAAAUCCGCUUUUUAUAAAGUUAGAAUUUUACUAUAA